UCCCGCUCGCGAUUCAAGUUCAGAGCAUAUGAAGUCCUCACCGCCGAAAUUUGAGACUGGCAAGCUGAUGCCCCGUGCAUAUCCCCGGCGACCGAGACGUGGACAAUGCGAAGACAAGGAAAACACUCGUCCAAUUAUAAGUGUUCCUUCCCAGCGAACGCAGUCAGUACAGGCAGAGGAGACGGAUGUUUUCAUGCAUCCACGACUCAUACGUCCACCCAGUGGUCAGAUGAUAGAUUCCCUCCCCCGCUCAAGAACCCCGUUUCGUCCGGCUGCGCCGGAGCCGCCCAGGCUCACGUCACUAACUCGCCGGCCUGUAUCGCCCACUCCAGUGAGGAAGAGGCCGGCAUCCAUCGCAGGGUAUCAAGACCUGGUCCACACAUUCCAUCCAUUCCCAGCAUCCAAGGCUGCCCCGGCACAGCAUGUGUGGGCGACAAGAGAAGAUGAAGAUAUUCGUUCGCCGUCGCAGCGUGUUCACCAGCCUGUUGCAGAACAUGCCGCGGCAGAAUUGGAACGCUCGUUGAAUCCCUCCAAUUGCUUUACCAGCGCUCGCCAGCGGCCAGCGCGUCAGAUGAGCUCUCCUUCUGUGGGCGUAUCAGACGAAUCCAAGAAUAUACCUGUAUCAGAAUGGCAACCAGCGAUUCGCUCUGCCAGCGCAUAUCCUCAGGCGGUCGCUUCACCGUGCAAUGACCCAACACUCAGGAACUCAUCGAAGCAAAUCAGGAGAGGUGGCUCGCUUGCCCUGAAAGAAUGCCCAAUUUUACAAGAUGUGAGCAUCUAUCAAGCGGACGGCAGGGCAAGGAGAGGGAAUCAUACUCGCAGCAUGGAUUUGGACCAGCUUAGAGGGAUAUGGGAAACUCGGGAUCGGACGGAGAGUAACGAUUUCCCAACAAAGACGUCGACUCGAGAACUGAAGCAAAGCGUAAUGGGCACACAUCAUCGAUCAUGGAUCGCAACGCCUGUCAACCAUGUCAGGCAAGCCAAGAUCAACAAAGUCGAUGGGUGGUCCUUGAACAACCCGGAGGCAGAGUUCGUCAUUGGCGAAUGGAAGGAGGAAGAAGACACCUGGGAGGAAUGUUCCCUCUAAUCGUUCCCGCGCGCCGCCCGCUAUCUUACCUUAAACAAUAUUGGGCGCUUGAUUCUUACCCUUUCAGUUCAAGUCUGAGACUGUUAUACACUUGAGGGGUAAAUGUAGUACAGAGGAAGCACCGUGUCCACU